AUGUUUUCCACGCCGGUCUUGAGUCUCGUCGCUGGGCUGAGCCUAGUAUUCUCAGCCAAUGCCACGCAAUGUUCGGCGCGAGCUAGUGAGUUCGAUUUUAUUGUUGUCGGCGGCGGGACGGCUGGUAUCGCAUUAGCCACUCGACUCAGUGAAGGCCUUCCGGAACACUGCAUAUUAGUCAUUGAGGCCGGACCAGAUGGCCGUAAUGAAGAGAAAAUCUACAUUCCAGGGCUAAGAGGUUCUACCUUUGGCUCCGCAUAUGACUGGAGUCUUCCAACUGUACCUCAGACUGCAGCAAACAACCGGACCAUUGGACAUAACCGGGGAAAAGUUCUCGGUGGCACUUCUGCCCUCAAUCUUCUUGUUUGGAACCGCGCUAGCGUCAAAGAGUAUGAUGCUUGGGAAGAGCUGGGCAACCCAGGCUGGGGGUGGAGUAACAUGUAUCCUGCGAUGCUCAAGACGGAAAACUUCCAGCGUCAAAACGGCUCGCCACAAUAUGGCGAAGACGGCGUGGGCUACGGUGGCCCGAUCCAGGUCGCUUUGACUGAGGAUCCACCACCUCAUCUGCAGGCUUGUAUACCAACUUUGACCAAUCUUGGGGUGAAGGAGAACUUGAAAUCAUUGAAUGGGAACAACUUGGGUACUAUGUAUCAACCAGCAACAUAUCGUGUGUCUAACCAUACACGGUCUUACUCGAUAGACUAUCUCCCUGCAGCUGGAAAUAAUUUGGUGUUCCUGUUCAAUACUACUGUCCACAAAGUGCAGCUCGCGAAGGAUGGCUCUAAAGCAAUUGGUGUCAUCCUUUCAGACGGUAUCGUUGUCAAAGCCACCGAGGAAGUCAUUCUUUCAGCUGGUAGCCUGCUGUCCCCCAAAAUACUAGAACUUUCCGGUGUUGGCCAGAAAACCAUACUAGAAAAGGCCGGCAUCAAACAACUCGUCAACCUUCCUGGUGUAGGCGAGAAUCUUCAGGACCACCUCCGUAUCCAAACAACGUAUGAGUUGAAGCCCGAGGUUCCUGGCGUGGACAUUCUCAAAUACAACGCAACACGAGCAGCCAUAGAGUUGGAUCUAUGGAGGCAAAAUAAGACCUCUCUCUACCAAUACGCAGGCAGCUGCUACGGCUUUCUAAAAUGGAACGAAGCACUCGCCAGCGACAAAAACCUAUUCCAACUCGCCAAAUCAUCCGCCAACACAUCCAACCUCAUCGACCGAAAGAAACUCGCCCUCCUAACCGAUCCCGAUUCCGGAGCCCCAGAUCUCGAAGUCGUCUUCGGAGACGGCUACAUAGGAACAACCGGGUACCCGAAGAACGGAACAGCCGGCUACGGCAAGCAAUACGCUACACUCCUUGCAGGCGUCCAGCACCCGCUUGCUAGAGGAUCCGUACAUAUCAACGGCUCGGACCCUGCGAACAAGCCUCUUAUCGAUCCGAGGUAUUUGGGGACACAGUAUGAUAUUGAAGCCCUUGUAUCCGCAGCAAAGUACACGCGCAAAAUGGCGAAUACGGCACCGUUUAAAGACCUCUGGAUUUCUGAGUUUGAUCCUGGGUUGAGCACCCAGACGGAUGAGGAGUGGGAGAUGUAUAUUCGGAAUAACGUAUUUACCUUUUAUCACCCGCUUGGUACGUGUGCUAUGUUGCCGAAGAAGGAUGGCGGUGUGGUGGAUCCGCAGCUUAGAGUGUAUGGGGUCAGGAAUUUGAGAGUCGUAGAUGCGAGCGUCAUUCCGAUGAUUGUUUCGGCGCAUAUUCAGACUGCGGUUUAUGGGAUUGCGGAGAGGGCGGCUGAGAUUAUUAUUGGAGAGCACCGCUGA